AUGUCAUCCCUCCCCAACACAAUGAAAGGCGUUCUAGUCUGCAAGGAAGGCGGCCCGGAAGUGCUUGAGUACCGCACUGAUCUUCCAGUCCCUUCCCCAAAAGAAUGUGAGGUGCUUGUCAAGAAUUCCGUCAUUGGCAUAAAUUACAUAGACACCUACUUCCGCACAGGGCUCUACAAAGCCCCCAAACCUGAAAUCCUUGGGAAGGACGGCGCCGGAAAGAUAGCGUCUUUAGGGCCUGGUGUCACUGGGUUUGUGGAGAAUGAUCCAGUGGUGUGGAUGCAUACUGGAGGGUACGCAGAAUAUACUGUUGCGCCUGCGGAGAGAACGGCAAAAAUUCCGAAGGAGAUUUCGGAAGAAGACGCAUGUGCUGCUGUACUCCAAGGCUUGACGGCCUUGAGCUUGAUUGACGAGGCUCAUAAAGUCAACGCCGGAGAUUGGGUGCUGGUGACUGCAGCCUCAGGAGGGGUAGGCGGAUGGCUCUGCCAGUUGCUUCGUGCUAGGGGAGCGCAUACCAUCGCCACGGUGGGCAGUCAGGCGAAGGUCAAUGAUGCCCGAAAGCUUGGUGCAGAGAAAGUGGUAGUGGAGCAAGAGGUUGGUGAUGAAGGCGUCAAGCAGGUUGUGCAAGAAAAGACUGGAGGGCGAGGUGUCGUUGCUGUAUUCGAUAGUAUCGGGAAAAUCACAUUUGAUCGAAGUUUGGAAUGUGUGGCUCGGAAAGGGACUCUGGUGAGCUACGGAAACUCAUCAGGUGCCGUAGAGCCUUUCAGUAUAUCGAGGCUUGCUGCCAAAAACGUGAAGGUGACGAGGCCAACGCUUUUCAAUUACAUCUAUACUAGAGAAGAAUUUGAGCAAUAUCUUGAUGAGCUCUGGAGAUUGAUGACGAAAGAAAAAUUUACCGUCCGGAUUCACCAAAAAUAUCCUCUGGCCGAAGUUGCUCAAGCACACCGUGAUCUUGAGAGCAGAAAGACUAUGGGAAAACUGCUGAUGGUACCAUAA